AUGGCCACACAGGACCCAAGGUUGAACAGCCUCGAGGAUGAUGAAUCUGUUGGCAGCUACGUGGAGACGGAGUCAAGCUCAAGCUCUUCGCAGGAUGACAGGAAAGCCUCGCAGGUUCCUGCGCAUGCUGGCUCAGAACAAGAGAACUUCACCGAUGGCUUUUGGUUCUGCAGUGCGGUUGCUUUGGUCUGCCUGACGAACCUCUUUGCGCUGGGCAUCGAGGUUGACAAUCGUUGCCAAUCCACAACCUGCAAUGAUGCGAAUUCCUACUUCGAUAUCAUCAAUACCGCGUUCACUGCGAUCUUUGUGCUCGAUGUGGGAAUUCGCAUUCUGAUGACAGGGCCGAAGCUCUUUUUCUUGGGCCAGCCGUCGCGGGAUCUUAUCCAGCUAGAGUGGGUCAACUGCGCUGACUUCCUUCUAGUUCUUCUGCGAGUUGUUGACGUGUGGUUGCUCUCUCCUUUCGGCGUUGUCUCGAACCUGAAGUUCGCGAGCGCGUUCAGGAUCUUCCAUGUGUUUCGGGCGGUCCGGCAGGUGCAACUGAAUGCGUCCUUCCGAGAGCUUUGGUUGGUCAUCUCAGCGCUGGGGGAGACUAUGUGGACGCUUUUCUGGGUUGGCGUCAUGAUUAUCGGUGUGAUUUGGGUGGCUGGCAUCCUGGUGAGAAUGGCAGUGUCAGAUCGCAAGCCGGAGGAGUUUAAUCUGGACCGAUCGGAGUGGGACUUUGAGGAGUAUUGGGGGACCGUUCUCCGCAGCUCGUACUCCUUGUUUCAGGUUAUUACCCGCGACAGAUGGUCAGACUCCCUGGUGUGGCCACUCGUAGAGACGAAUCCAUCUCUGAUGGUCGUGUUCAUUUGCUUUCUGACCGUUGCCAGCCUGUCAUUGAUGAACUCCGUGAUCGGCGUCGUGGUGGAAAGCACCCUGUCAAGUGCACGGGCCACAGCAGCUCGUGAGCAGAAGGUAAAAGAAAAGGUGGAUGCGCAGGUUCUGCAGUCCAUGCGGGAAAUCUUCGAAGCAGCUGAUACUGACAAGUCUGGAAAGCUCGAUAAGGACGAGCUGCAAGCACUCUUCCGUAAUCACCGAGUGAGAGAUCGCCUGAAGUUGCUCCAGCUACCCUUCAAGGACCUGGAGAUGCUUUUCGAUAUUCUGGAUGAUGACAAUGGCGGUAACAUCAACACCGAUCGAUUCUUCCGCGGGGUGGAGCGGCUGCGAGGGCAAGCUGCCGCUUCCGACUUGCAUCAAAUGAAUGUAGAUCUCAACAAGAGAUUGAAGUGGUGUGACUCACACCAGAAGGAGGUGACGGACCUCAACGACCAUCUUGCAGAGCUGCUCGAUGCGAUCGACGAUAUGGACGGAAACAUUGUCCGCAGCGAUGUGGACGAGAAGGACCCUGUGCUGAUGGCCAAGCGGGUUCGGCAGAAGUUUGUCAAAUCAGAGCAGCUUCGCGGAAAGAACUUCAGAAAAGGCCACAAGCCACCGGAAGCAUACAAUCCGUGGGAGGAGAUGCGGCGGAAAGAAGUGAUGGCUCGGCGUUUGGAGAAGAGGAGACUGGAGGAUGAGGAUAAGAUCAAAAGGAAGGAAGCCGAGAAGGCUGCCCAGCGAAGAGCCUUCCAGGAGGAGCGUGAGAAGCGAGCUGAGAGGAAGCAAGCGCAGAAGUCUCAGCCGCCUCCUCCACCAUUGCCGCACCAUCUGCAGCGCGUGAGGGAGCAGCAGCAGAUGGCCAAGGAAAAGAGGCGCAUUGAGAAGCUGCGGCGGCGUGCCGCGGAGGAGAAGAAGCGAGACGUUCUGGGACACAUGUUCUGA